AUGAGGCGACACGGCGUGGACCGGCGAGCGCUGGCUGCGACGCUCUGUAGCCGCGAGGUCCAUGGCGCGCCGGGCCGGCGCCAGCUCGAGGGCGAUGUGACGCAGCUCAUGCUGGCGGCGUUGCAGUGUCCCCGCGACAACGUGUUUUUCUGCCAGCAGGACGACGACCUCCAGCCCGUGCCACCGUUCCACAUAGCGUUCAGCCAAGAAAAGAUGGAUGGCACGCUCCUCGCUGUCGCCGACGAAGAAGGCUGCUUGAGCUUCUAUGCGACGCACGACCGGAAGGCGCUCUCGACACACCACCAGGCACACGAACACGCGCCGCCCCUAGCGCGCAUCGCCGCGCACGAGAACGCGAUCUUUGACAUGAUCUGGUGCAAUCGCGAUGCGUACAUUGCGACCGCGUCCGGCGACCAGCAGAUUGGCAUUUGGGACGUCGAGACCGGCGCCCACGUCUACCACAUGGCCGGCCACACGAUGAGCGUCAAGUGCAUUCGCCAGCACCCGCUGCACCCGAGCGUCUUUGCGUCCGGCUCGCGCGACGGCAACGUCUUCCUCUGGGACAUUCGCCUCCCGCCGCCGCCGCCGAUCGUCCCCGGCCCGAUCGUGCGCCGCACGGUGCGACCCUUCACGGGCUGUGCGCGCUGCCACGACUAUGAGGUGCCGUCGACCGACAAGCGCAAGAAGCGCCGCGUCUCGGUGGCCAACGCGCAGCGCAGCGUCACGUGUAUUGAGUUUACAGGCGACGGCCACCAGAUGAUCUCGGCCGGCGCCGUCGACGGCCAAGUCAAGUUUUGGGACAUCCGACACCUCUUUCCGCCGUCCACAUCGACGCCGCCCAAGAUACCCCAUCACGUGCGGUCGCUCGCCUGCCACGCGCCCAGUGGUCGGCGCUACGGGAUCUCGUCGCUCUCGCUCGACCACACGAAGACCAAGCUGCUCGUGAGCGCUGCCAGCAACGACAUCCUCCUCUACGACCUCCUCUCGCACGGGGACUCGCCGAUCGCCAAGUACCAUGGCCACCGCAACAGCUCGUUUUACGUCAAGUCGACGUUUAGCCCGACGUCGCAGUUCAUUGUGAGCGGGUCCGUGGACCAGCGCGUGUACCUCUGGGACGUGGCCAAGCCCGGGCUGCCCGUGCGCGUGCUUCACGGCCACGAAGGCGAAGUAAGCAGUGUCGCGUGGUGCAAGACGGAUGCGACCAAGCUCGCGUCGCGACGCCAUGUGGCCGGGGGUGGCGCUGUCGGCUUUUCGGCCGCGUACGAAGCACCCAGCACAAUCGUGGCGGCCGACGACACGGCCUCGGACGAGAUGGCGCCCUCGCCUGUCGUCGCGCCGCCCGUGCCACGGCAGCCAUUGACGCUGCAUCACUUUUGGCGAUGA